UUCUUCGUUUAGUUGAAGACUGAACUGCAAGCCGACUGGCCGUGCCGCGCCUCAAAAUCCAAAUCAAGGAUUCCGGAAUAAUAUAAACCUCAGAUUAGAAUAGAAAGAAUACAAUACGGAUAAUGGCAGCCUACGAAGAUAUGUCGCAGAAGCAGCCGCAGCGGCGUCUGUCGUCCAUAUGGUUGCUCUUGCUCACCGUGCUGCUGUUCGUGUCGACCCUAACGGUGGUGGCUUUAAUUGAGGCUGAACGUGCACAGUCCGGUGGUGCUGACGUGUUAAUUCUGAAUCGCAUGUGGAGCCAUUUUCAAGCGGCAACUGGAAACGAUACGAAAGAAGAAACUGCCACAGUGGAGCGCAUAGCCAGGGAGGCCAGCAAUUCGAGUGAUCCCACACAGACUCCAGCCAGGCAGAGUAAGGACUUCUAUGAGGAGCAGCGGGCGGUGGUGGUGAAUGCAGAAAGCAUGGAUCCCGAUCCCAUUGUUGCACAGCGUCAGGAUUCAUUUGGUCCGCCCCAGAGCAGAGAAGACUCCGACGAACAGGAUCCCUAUUAUGAUGCAGCUGAGGAUUAUGGGCCUGGACAUUAUCCAUAUCAGCAGGAGGAGCAACAGCAGUCGGGCGAGAAUUUCUAUGGAGAUGGCGAUGGCUCAUCUGAGGGCAGAGCGGCUCAGGCUCGUCCCUAUGAUGGCUUUUACGCGCCCUGGAAGCCAUCGCCAGUGGCCACGCAUCCUGCUGCUGAUGCAAAAAACAGGAAGCUCCAAGCCCCGCCGAAUCGCGCCCCUUACCCUGCCUACGAUGAAGUGUACGACUACCCCAUGGGCUUCCAGCGUCGUCCACAGGCGGAGACAGCGCUAGCCAAGCAGGCCCCCCCGCCGCAACCCACACAUAAUAACGCGAUGGUUGCCGUUCAGGAAGAAUCCACUUUUGUGACCGUUCUCAAGAGCCUAAAGCAACUGUGGGAUCUCUACCAGGCACUAAUGAGCGCCUGGAAUUCCAUGGCUGAGCGUCAUCAAAAGAGCACCGAGAAAUUCCGCAAGGAACAGGCGGAAAAACAGGCCGAAAAGGAUCGCCUGCGUCAGCAGCAACAGCAAAAAAUGAGAGUUAAUUCCAAGAAGCCACCGCGCAUCGAGGGAGAUAAAAAGAAUCAAAACAAGAAGAGCACCACAACGAGAAAGCCAACAUCCACUUCGAGUACGACUCCGCCUGCGGAUAACUCUGAGGAGGACAAGGGGGAGGAGAAAGAGGCGAUGUCAUCAUCAACAACAACAGUGAAGCCAGAGCCUCAGAAGGGUGAGAAGGGGGAGAAGGCUGAUGUGAGUUCCGUGCGCGGACUUCGCCAGAGACGUGACGCGGUUGCAGAGGACAAGGCAGACACGGAUGUGGGUGAGGGUCGUUACAUUAAGGGUGAUCCCCUAAAGGGCUACUACGAUUUCGUCAUUACGGAGGGCUCCUACAAGUUCUGGGCUGUCUUUCAGGUGGGCACAGCCCUUCUGAUUAUCUAUUCGACAUUUGCUGCCAUUUACUACUCCAAAGUAAAUCCCCUCACCAGCGACUACGAUUAUACGGAUUAUUUGGGUGGUGUUCGCUCCUUAUCUGGCGGCGAUGCGGAUUUCGUCGAUGAUGCCGAUGCACCGCCACCGGUGUCAACCACUUCCCGCAUCAUGGAGUGGCUGCCACGCACAGCGCAUUCCGUAAAAUUCAUUUUGGACGCCAUUGAAAAGAUGCCACUGGAUCGUUUGCAGACGAAAGAGCCCGGCUGGGGGAGCACAGAAACAGCGGCGGCAGCGGAAACGAGUUAGGGAACCCACCAUAUUUGUUAAUGAAAAUACAAAAAAAAAAUG